AUGGCUGCUCUUCAGAUUCUCCUUAAGGCAAUCCUGCUAAUAUUAGCUGUGCCCAAUAGCUUAGAGAAAAAGAAAUGCUUUUUCAAACAAUAUCAUCCAUAUUUUGAGCAAGAUCUGUAUGCGAGCUAUAUUAUUGAGUUCUACAAGGACAAGAAAUUCAGGGAGGCCAUCGGCAAGUACCACCGCGCCCUGCUCGAGCUCAAGGCGCUGCUGCUGAGCCAGGAGGCGAGCGGGCAGCGCGCUGGGGCCGCGCUCAGCGAGGAGCACAGGCAGGCGGUGGAGGCCAUCGAGGUCGACUGCUACAACAGCCUGGCAGCCUGCCUGCUCCAGGCUGAGCUGGUGAAUUACGAGCGUGUCAAGGAGUACUGCCUCAAAGUGCUGCAGAAAGAAGGAGAGAACUUCAAGGCACUCUAUCGAUCAGGAGUUGCAUUUUACCACCUGGGUGACUUCAACAAGGCACUCUACUACUUGAAAGAGGCAAGAGCCCGCCAGCCAACAGAUACCAAUGUCAUACGAUAUAUCCAGCUGACAGAGAUGAAGCUCAGCAGAUGUUCCCAGAGAGAGAAGGAAGCCUUGUGAAAAUGAAGCUGCUUCAGCUGACGUGCCCAAAGGGGAACAUUUCCUUCCUAGAAGCCCAUUUGGUGGAUUUUCCUGUUUGCUCUGCCUCAUCCCCAGCUCCAUCCAUCCACUUUCCCUUGCUCUUCAUUCAAUCCCAGUUCUGAAAGAAGAAACUCAGAUGCUGGAUAUGGCUGCUUGCCAGCCAUGGUAAUAUCCCUUCCCCUUUUCAGGAGAGCACAGUGACUACAUCCAGCCUGGUUCCAAGACAGUGUCGAACACAUGGUGUAGGCAGUGCUGGGGACCUUGCUGGUCCUGAGCUGACUGCUUAUUACCUUAGGGAAGCAAACCCCAGACAACUACUUCCUGACCCAGCAAGUUGGAGACAAACAGUUUCUACUGGAGCUUGGAAGAGCUAAGAAACCAAGAAAGCCACCGGUCUUUUGCAGGGGGUAACAAAUGCCUUUUUACCAUCAGUGCCCUCUGCCUGCUUCCCCACUGCUGUGUUACCAGUCUCCAGUGAGAGCUCACGUGCUCCCAGUUUAAUGCCAGUGAAACUGUUUCUAAACAUCCUCUUAAUGAAAGCACAGCACACCCUACAACACCCUGAAGAGCUGUCCCAGUGCCAGAGGAGAAGGCUGUGGGGGUACCACAGAAUGCUGAACAGACUGUGAAAGCGCGGUGUACAGUAUGAGGGAAAACUGUGAAAUAAUUCAUUAAAGGCAAAUAAAAAUUAUGAAUAGGCAACAAUUCCAAGCAUUGCUUUUAGAAGGGUCCUCCUGGGAUCCCAGUAUCCAGAGAGGCAACAUGGUCUAAUGGGGACAGCAUGGGGUGGGAACCAGGGAAUGUCUCCAUUCUUAUACUGGCUGUGCCGAUGCCUUGCUGUGUGGUCUUGGCCAGGUCACUUAGCCUCUCUGUGCCUCAGUUUCCCCAUCUGUACACUGGGGAUAAUAAUACCUCCCUACCUCGCAGGGGUGUUGUGAGGAUUUAUUAGUUAAUGUUUGUAAGUAACAUUACAGUGAUGUACAGUGUUAAGUAUUAUUAGUACAUUGGAUUGAGGUAUGGAUUCUCCCA